AUGGUCUCCAACGCUCAAAAAACCUUCAAACUCUCUACUGGUGCUCAGAUCCCUGCCAUUGGCCUGGGAACUUGGCAAGACGAGUCUGCCCAAGAGGCAGCAGUCCUUGUAGCCCUCCAGGCAGGAUAUCGCCAUAUUGACACGGCAAGAUGCUAUGGUACUGAGGUUGCUGUCGGUAAAGCUAUUAAGCAAAGCGGCAUACCCAGGAGCGAGAUUUUUGUUACCAGCAAGCUGUGGAACAACAAGCACCAUCCUGACGAUGUUGGUCAGGCACUGCAGGCCAGCUUGGAUGAUUUGGGUAUGGAAUACCUUGAUCUAUUCUUGAUGCACUGGCCUGUUGCCUUCAAACGUGGAGAUGAUCCAUUCCCAUCUGACAAAGACGGGAAUCUGAUAACCGAAGACAUUGACUACCUCGAUACCUACAAGGCAAUGGAAGGCCUUGUCAAAUCCGGUAAAACUAAAGCUAUCGGGGUUUCCAACUUUUCCCAACAGGAAAUCGAGCGUAUCCUUACGAAUGCGACGAUCAAACCAGCCGUUCACCAGAUGGAGAUGCAUCCCUGGCUCCAGCAAAAGGAUUUCUUUGAAUUCCACCGGAAGCAUGGCAUUCAUGUGACGCAGUAUUCACCAUUCGGCAACCAGAAUGAAAUCUAUGGUUCUCGCGAGGAACAUGGUCAGCUGGUAAAUGAUAAGACCUUGGUCGAGAUCGGAAAGAAGUACGGAAAAACUUCGAACCAAGUCGCACUCGCCUGGGGUAUCGCACACGGCCGUUCCGUCAUCCCGAAAUCAAAGUCGCCAGAGCGGAUCACACAAAACUUUGAUAUCGCCUUCGAGCUUGAACCUGAAGAUAUCGAAAAGAUUAAUUCGAUCGACAAGAAGAUCCGGUUCAAUGAUUCGAGCAAAGACUUUGGCUACGAGCUCUUCACUGGUCUUGACGGGAAGCAAAAGUGA